AUGCCCGAUUCGUUCACAACCCCUGAUUUUCCACUUUAUUCUGACUUCUCUUCAUCGAUAAAUAUCGACGAUAUCCUCGACUCUGCUCUGUUUACCACCGAGAGCCAAUCACAGGGUCUCCAAAACGAACCUCAAAGCACACGAGGAACAUGUCCGGAUGACUUGGCUGAUCUCUUUCCCCGGGAUUCCCCUGCCUUGACGCAAGGCUGCUCUUCAAUAGAGCAAGGGCAGGCAUUUGACAUGAUGGGAUCAAUGGAGCAUUUCAACUUCACGGCCAAACGUGUCCUUGAGAACUCUGACGAUCUUUCGAAAAGGCUUCUCAUGAUAUCUGCUCAAGUGGAAGAUUUGCAGACGCGUGUUGCACAAACGGCUGCGUCUGUGGAUUCCCUCAACAAGAUCUUUAGAGAGGUUUUGAAGCGAGAGUAUGAGGCUAUGUCUAAGUUAGGCGAAAUCUCUAGCAGGCUGCCAGUGGUCUUUGAAAAUACGUCAUCUUCUUAG